CCGACGCUAACGUGAGAGGAGGUUUAUUUAGAUCCUUUUCGAACCCAGUAGUAAACGCUGAUCAGUCAAUCCUUUCACUUGAAUGUGAAUAAAGUGUAUUUUUUUUGUCUAAUAUGAAUAAAUGAUUAACCUUUCAUUCAAGUAAUAGUGUAUCAAUUGAUAUUACAAAAAAGGACAAUAACCUUAAGUUGAAGAUUAUUAGGGCUAGGUGCAUUUAGCCAAUCUAGCUUCUCAUACAGCAACUGUGUGUGCGAUGAAAGAACGUGAGGGGACGAAAAGUGCCUUGCACCCCCUUGACAUUUAGUCCAAGUGGUGCACCCCAGCUAACCUGAAGUGUAAAGAAUCUCUCCUAUGACUAAUUAAUCUUUAUCAUUUAUCAACACUUAUGCAAGUGUCUAGACCAAUAUGGCAUAAAGAGAUUUAAUUUGCUUUUGAUAGCUUGUUAAUUGUGAUAAAAAGUUAACAAUAUUAUCAAAAAAAAAAAAAUAUCUACAAUUAUUUUUAACAGUCAAUUAAAUUUCAUAAAAAAGGUAAAAAACUGUUCAUAUAAUGAAUCAAAUCAUAACAAAUCAAUUUAACGGUUUGUUUACUAUAGUUCACAGAUAGUAAGUGAAUUCUUUAAAUUACUACUUGAGCUAAUAAAUUAAUUGAGUCAAUAUAGUCAUUUAAAUGACUAAAAUAAGGAAAUCAUUUUCUUUAUUAAAGUUAAAAUGUCAUCAUUCCGUUUGUAUCUUUCCCGCUUAAGAAUUAAGUAAAACGUGAUAAAGAUUGAAAAUAAAUUUUGUUAAUUAUUGUUGGUUAUAUAUAACAAUUGUUAAUUAUUGUUAUUAAUUAAAAUAAUGGAUGAAGAAGGGCAAUUAAAAUCGAGUACACUACUCGAGGAAACAUUUUAUAUAACAUCAAAAAAAAAUACUUAUUAUAAAGUAAAAUUAUCUGAAAAGGGAUUAAGUCUUCAGAAAGAAAGUAAUGGAGCCACGAAAACAGAAACAAUUACUUUAAAUGAUAUCAUUGGAUGUCGAUGCAUGAGAUCCAAACGUAAAGCAACUGCUAGUUGUGCUUGUCGUCCAACUAUUUCAAAACCUCAAAUGAGAGUUGUUGAAUCUAAUGAAAAUUAUCAUGUUUGGGAUGAACUUGACACAUCAGCUUACCUAUAUAUUUAUACAUAUACAUUGAAAAAAGCCCGCGUUAAAGGAGCAAGAAGACGAGAAAAAACCACGAUAACACUCAGGUUUCGGAGUUUUGAUAAAUAUGAAGAUAAUCUUAGAGAAGCUAGUAGAUGGAGACUUGCUAUUAAAUGUCUUGUAAAUAAAGUUCCAAUUCCUAAGAAUCUGAUGAGUCCAAGUCAUGGAAAUUUAGAUUCGCUUUUAAGUGCAUGCUCAGGUGAUCAAAAAAAACUCUUGGUCCUAUUAAAUCCAAAAUCUGGUCCAGGAAGAAGUCGAGAAAUUUUUCAAAGAAGAAUUCAUCCAGUUUUAUCUGAAGCUGAAAAACUUUAUGAAAUUUAUAUAACAAAGUGCCCGAAUUAUGCACGAGAUUUUGUGAGAACGAGGAAUAUUUAUCAGUGGAGUGGGAUUUUAUGUGUUGGCGGAGAUGGAAUAGUUUUUGAAGUUGUUAAUGGUCUUCUUGGAAGGGUCGAUUGGAAACGUGCUUUAGAAGAGUUACCUUUGAGUGUUAUACCUUGUGGAUCAGGCAAUGGAUUGGCCAAAUCUAUCGCCUAUUCAAAGCAGGAGCCUUACGAUUCAAAUCCAAUGCUCGUAAGCGCAUUAACAGUGGUUAAAGGAAGAAGAACCUCAAUGGAUUUAGUACGAGUAGAAACAAGAAGCCAAAUUCUUUAUUCAUUUCUCUCAGUAGGCUGGGGUUUGAUAGCGGACAUUGACAUCGAGAGUGAGAGGCUCAGGGCCAUUGGUGCACAACGUUUUACUAUCUGGGGUAUUGCCAGGCUUAUUGGCCUUCGUAAAUACAAAGGAACCGUUUCGUAUUUACCUUGUGACAAAGUUCCUAAUGUAGAAAACAAAACUAAUGGCAAUUAUUACGAAAGAGACAUAAGAAAUGAUGAUAUUAUUUCACAUUCAAAAAGUUUUGGAGAUAACCUUGACCGAUUCUGUAGUGUACGGGAAUCAAAAAGUUAUCAAGAUGUUCUGGAUUCUGUGACAAGUGAUCUAGAAGAUAUGUAUAUGGAUGAAAGUGAUCUGAUUGAAGAAAAGUUAUCAUUAGAAACAGAAGUUCAAAGUCGAACACGUCUUGAUAGUUUUUAUUCUGCCACGUCUAAAAAAUCGGCAUAUUUCAGUACGGGUUCAGCUUCGAGUUAUCAUAGUGUUGAAGAAAAUGAAAGCACUGCAGAAAAUGAUGAAAUUCCAACUUCUAAUAACAGGGUUGUUUAUGGUCCAUCUUCAAGUCUUCCUGCACUUACGGCGCAACUUCCAAGUACUUGGAUCCAAGUGAAAGGAGAGUUUGUAAUAGUUCAGGCUAGUUAUCAGUCACAUAUCGGUGAGGACGGUUUUAUUGCACCUCAAGCAAAGCUUGCAGAUGGAGUGAUAUGGCUUUUAAUAGUAAGAGCUGGUGUUACGAGGUCUGAGUUAUUGCAGUUCCUUCUAGGACUCAACACUGGGACUCAUUUAACUUGUGCUGGUGUUGAUAUGAUUGCUGUCAAGGCAUUCCGUAUCGAACCAGAUCCUAGUGUCAAUGGUAUCCUGACUGUUGAUGGUGAAAAGGUUGAUUAUGGUCCGCUACAAGCAGAGGUCUUUCCAUCUUUGGCUACAGUCAUGAGUCCUUGACCAGAACCUUGAGCAUAGUUUCUCUAAGACAGUCUUAUAUAAGACUAACCCGUUACAACCUCAUGCAUAGGUGAUGAUGAUUCAAUCAAAAAAAAAAUAAAGAGAUAAAUAAAAAUUUAGUCAUUGAUUUCUCAACAGAUUAAAGAAUAAAGACCAAGGUUUUUGUAGUGCAAAAAUAUUUAUUAUGAUAAUAACGAUAUCAUGGAAAGAAUUAUGACGAUAUUAACUAAUAUAUUAUUGAAUUAUAAUUAAGUCAAAUUAAAUAAAUAAAAAAAAAAACAUCACUAAUGGUUAGAGAUGAAUUAUAGUUAUAGACAAAGAUAAAAGAUGAGUUAUAUAAAAUAGUAUGAAAAAGUUUAUGAACAAAAUUAAAAAGAAUUGAUGAAAACUACGUCAAUUGUAAUCUAUAUUUCUAGUUAAAAAAUACUGAUAAAAAUUUAUAUAUGUAAAUAUUGUACUUUAAUCGAUAAGCUGAUAACCUUUUUGCUCAUGUAAUUAAGUGUAGAUAAUGUGUUGAGUAAAAAAAAAAGUUAUGAAUUAAAACAUUUUAAAAAAUAAAAAUUUAAUUAAUUAAAUAAUUAUAUUAUAAAUCAAAAAUAUUCUAGAUUUGGAUAUUUUUAUGUUGCAGGGUUUACUGAUGGAU